CAGGUACCUUCAGACAUUUGAGAGCCUGUGCGGAGCUGACAGUCCAACGCAGUCUUCACUCACAACUCAGCUCACUUUGGUGGGAUGGAUUUGGAUUUAAAGCGUGUCUGGAUUUGAAGCCACUUUUCUCACCAGUUUUUAAGGCAGCAUGAGACAUCUGCGUUCUUCUCUUGGCUGGUACCGAUGGGUCAGCCUGCUUCUAUGCGUGAUGCGGACAGUGGUCUGUAUGGUCCUCCCAAACUCCACAAAGCUGGAGUCCAUCCUUGACAAGUAUAAAGAAAAGGAUGAGGAGUGGUGGAGAGCCAGGAGUAGAGGAAGGAGAGCAAUCAGCGAAGGCGACAUGCACUUGAUCCUAGACCUGCAUAACAAGCUUCGGGGUCAAGUCCAUCCACCUGCAUCCAACAUGGAAUACAUGGUUUGGGACUAUGAGCUGGAAAGAAGCGCAGAACACUGGGCGUACACAUGUCGAUGGGAACAUGGACCGAGCCACAUGCUGACACAAAUUGGACAAAACCUAGGAGCACACUGGGGCAGAGACCGCCCGCCCACAUACCACGUUCAGGCCUGGUAUGAUGAGGUGAGGUACUACAGCUACCCAUACUCUCAAGAGUGUAACCCUCACUGCCCCUUCAGAUGUUCAGGACCGGUCUGCACCCACUACACUCAGUUGGUUUGGGCUACGAGCAAUCGGAUAGGCUGUGCCAUCAACGUUUGCUACAACAUGAACGUGUGGGGAAUGAUCUGGACCAAAGCUGUCUAUCUGGUCUGCAACUACUCCCCGCCAGGGAACUGGUGGGGUCAUGCUCCCUACAAAUACGGGGCUCCAUGCUCAGCCUGUCCUGCCAGCUAUGCAGGAGGGUGCAGAGACAACCUCUGCUACAAAGACGGAGGUGUUGACAGGCGUCCAGCACCGGAGUUGGAGGAGAGCAACUUCAUCGAACCCGAGCCGGACGCAGUGCGUGACCGGCAGCCGGAACCCUCUGUUCAAACCGCAGAGCCCACACAAGCACCAGACAAUCCAGAGAGGAACCGGGUCGUCAGUACAGAGCAAAUGAGCCAGCAGGUGGAGUGUGACACGAAACUGAGAGACCGGUGCAAGGGGACGACGUGCAACAGGUACGAGUGCCCCCCCGGCUGCCUUGAGAAGCCUGGCAAAGUGGUUGGGACUGGAUAUUACGACAUGCAAUCAAGUGUGUGUGGAGCUGCACUACACAUGGGUGUCAUCGAUAAUGACGGCGGGUGGCUGGAUGUGACCAGACUCGGCCGGAAACCGCUGUUUACCAAAACAUACAAGAAUGGCAUCCAGUCUCUUGGGAAGAAUCGAAGUGCGAACUCAUACAAAGUGGAGUCUGUUCCUGUGAAGGCAGUGAGAUGUGACACCACUGUGGCACUUUACUGUCCCUUUAAAAAGCCAGUGCGACAUUGUCCAAGGUUGUACUGUCCAAGGAACUGUCUGCGUGAAAAUCGAGCCAGAGUCAUUGGAACAAAUUACUAUUCAGAUAAAUCCAGUAUCUGCCGAGCAGCUAUCCAUGCUGGGGUCAUCCAGAAUGAGUCGGGUGGUUACCUGGAUGUCAUGCCGGUGGACAGGAGGAAGCAGUACACUGGCAGCCACCAAAAUGGAAUCAUAUCCGAGAGCAUUGUCAACCCAACAGCAGGGAAAGCCUUCCGAGUGUUUGCAGUCAUUUGAAAAGCCACCGACACAGCCACUUGAUGCUCUACAGACCCUGUCAUUAUCGUGUUUGAACCAGUUAUUACCAUCAACUUCACAGUAAAUAAUUUUGCUUUUCAACCACUGGCACUAUAAGUGUAACAUGACUGUAGUACAAUUAAAUUUGGUCGACUGUGAGCAAGUGUCCAAAAUACAUAUAGGGUUGUAUGUUGUAUGUCUAAAAUACUGGCAUCAUUUGCGACACGUGUUAUAAGGAUGACAUAAAGACCUUAAAAUGCUUCUUCUCAGAAGUGGUUAGAAAUGGUGUCAGAGUCCAUAUUAAUGUAUGGGUAGUUCAUUUUAAAAUUCUUCAUGUGCAGUGCUUUACCUCAGGUUUUAUUCCAAACAGAGUCUGUGGAAUACUGAGCUGUCACUGUUUCAGUGUCAAAGUCAUUUGUCAAUACUAUGAUUAUACUGACAUUUAAAAGAACAUUAUCAAUGUGGGAAUUCAA